AUGUCGACCGCCGGUGAGAUCACGAUGGGAGUUUGCAGCGACAUCCCCGAGGUUUUGAAAGCUUUGAUGGAAUACCCCUUCUCUAUACCCGCAGCCGACGGCGAGGUAUCCCCCCCCCUCCAGUCGAGCGGGCGAGGGUUCGUCCAGCCGAUGCCAAAGCACAGCCAGACUCGGCACCCAGGCGCCCCUUCUCCCGCGUCCGUGGCGACUGAGAGAGCGGCGAUGCCGGGCGGCGGCUCCAGCGCGGGGCUGCGCGCCUCCAUCCCCGUGGUGCUGAAGAAGCUGAUGGAGAGCCCGCCGCCGAACCUUCUGGAACGGAGCAGCGGCGGUAAGGGCGCGAGGCCGCUCGCUCGCUCGCUCGCCCGCCCGCGCGGGGGGGGGGCCCGAGACGGCCGAAUCUGCUCGAGCGCAGCCGGCGGCCCCGAGCCCGGCCGGACGAUCGACGGGAAGAAGAAGGUGGGGUCCCGGGGCUCCCCGACCCCGGCCCCGGCCGUGUCCACGGUCACCCUGCUGCCCGCCGCCGAGCUGGAGCACAGCUGCGAGGAGCUGGUCACUACAGGCACGCCCGCGGACUCCCAGGAGGACCCAGAGGCGCCCCUUGACCCGGAGCGCGAGACGCCCAGCCCCAUCGACCCCGACAGCAUCGAGGUGGAGGUGAACUUCCAGCCCGACCCCACUGACCUGGUGCUGUCCAGCGUGCCAGGCGGGGAGCUGUUCAACCCGCGGAAGCACCGCUUCUCCGAGGAGGAGCUGAAGCCCCAGCCCAUGAUCAAGAAGGCCAGGAAGGUGUUCGUCCCCGAGGAGCAGAAGGACGAGAAGUACUGGUCGCGGCGCCGGAAGAACAACGUGGCGGCCAAGCGGUCCCGCGACGCGCGGCGCCUGAAGGAGAACCAGAUCACGGUGCGCGCUGCCUUCCUGGAGAAGGAGAACGCGGCGCUGCGCGCGGAGGUGGCCGAGCUGCGCAAGGACUGCAGCCGCUGCAGGAGCGUCGUGGCCCGGUACCAGGCCAAGUACGGCCCCCUCCUCCUGCUGGACGCGGACGCGGACGCGGACAUGGAGGAUCUGUAAAGGUUUAUUGAUUUAUUGAUUUAUUUUCAGUGGGUGAAAUAAAUAAAUAAAUGAAUAAAUGAACGGACCACGGGGGGGGAACCACGCGCCUGGACAGACUCUGGGAGGAAGAUGGAGGGAACAAGGAGAGAAAGAGAAGAGACUGAUUUUGUUGUUUUUCGCCGUGAUGACGGCGCUGCAGGAACUUGUAAAUACCCUCUCGGCCUCUGGCCCUGUGUCUUCGCACCCCACGGAGAGAGAGAGCCCCCGUGUGUACAGAGCCUCGUCUUCUCCAGGGGAUCGCCCCCGUGUGUGUGUGGGGCUGUGUAAAUACCCAGGUCUUCUCGAGCUGUACGCUGGCUCCUCUCUCAGGAGGCUCAGUGUGUGGCUGUGUGUGUCAGUACCCACC